ACGAACAUGUCGACUGCUACUAAACGCAUUUUGACAGUUAACACGCAAGUCGACUGCAAUCAGUGAGAUAAAAAAAACGCGAGUGUGUCUCGUUGUCACGAUCGUUACUUUAGAGAAUGUCAUGUACGUUGAUUGUGAUAAACGAAUAUAUGUAGAGGAAUAUCACGCAUAAAACAUGAGUUGGUUUGAUGCUACAGGGUUUGCCAAUUUGGCAAAGUCUGCUCUAAAAGGAGCUCAGAAAACUAUAGAUAAGGCCUUAGAUAUCAAGGAGGACGAGCCAAAGGUUAUUCAAUCGCACAUAGAUGAAACUUCGAAUUUUUUUGCAACCUGGGGAUUGCAAAAUGAAGAGGAAACCAAUAAACGUGACAGCAAUCCACAAAAACAACAAAAUUCAAGCAGUAUUUGGGGUAGCUUUACAGGUUCGUUUUUUGAGCCUCCAAAAAUUAUAGACAACAAUGCACGCAAGAUUGUCAAGCAUUCCAAAUCCUUGCAAAGUACUGCCAAUCAAGAUGAACAACAAUGUGAGAUGGUAUCUUCUAUUUCUGUUCCUGAAAAAUUGGUGACAAAAGAUACAAAGCCCGUGAUAACAAAGGAUGAGUCUGUAGAUAAUGAAAAUAAAGGAGAAUCUAGUGCUAUCAGUGAAUCUGUAAAUAUAAAUUGUAACAUAUCUCAAGAAUCUAAUAAUAAAAAUACAUUGGAAUCUGAUAUAUCAGAACAAUUGUCGUUAGACAAUGUUGUUCUUACUAGUACUAAAAAAAAUAUAAUUAAAAGUGCCAGUUUAGAUUUGGAGCAAGUGUACUGUGCACCAACAGUGGAUAUUGACAAUGAUUCUACAACAAGCAGUGAUGAAAAAGAAGAAGAACGGUAUCAAAAUGAGAUAACAUUAGAAAGCAAUGAUACUAAUCAAACAUCGAGUUCCACUAAUGUGUUCCAUAAAGUACCCAACCCAGUUUCCUCUGAAAGUGAUAAAAAGAGUUUAGAAAGUGUGGAGAUACUUGGUUCACAAUCUAACACAGAUUGUACAACCACGCCAGAUUCGGAUCUUAAUUCCAAUACUAAUUCCUUAAGUGCCUCCCUCAUUGGCAUCAAAGUGAAUUCCGAAUCAGUUGAAAUAUUACCGGACAGUCUGGUAACGUCACCAAGUUCCGUGGAAGUUCUGGGAGAUUGGAAGAGCGACAGCAGUCCUUAUUUAUCUCCGAUAGAUCCAAAAAAUUCUGAGUCCUCUCCUGUUUUAGAGGUAGAUGAAUGUGUCACUCCAUGUGUAGACUGUACAGACUUGUUAUUACAACCGAAUAGAGAUCAAUUCGAAGCAUCUUCGUCCGAUAUCUCUCCAUACGAAUCUCCUAUGGAAGAGGUCAAAACAUUGAAUACCAAUUCAUAUCCUUGCAGUGUUGAUAGCACACCAUCACCCAAUGUAUUUUCCCAAUGUAUUAGUUUAGAUACGAGUAAAAAUUCGUCACAAAUAACGGCAGAUAGCUCGAAAACUUCCCCGGAAAGCGUCGAAGUAAUACCGGACGCUGACGAGCUAGACGAGGUGAGUUUGGCCGAAGAUUCCUAUACUUCAGCUUCUGAAGGUACAAUCAUGACAGUAUUUGAGCCAUUGCAACAGUUAGACACUGUUAAAAACAAAAUGGAACUGACCGACAUGAAUGUAAAGAUCUCCACAAGGAUGCACGAUUCAUGUCCGGACAAUAGGCAAACGUUGGUGAAAGCUUGCAUCGAAAACAAAUUGAACUUAAGUCUUGACUCAUUGAAGGAGAAGCAUAAUUUGCAUUUAACGCUUGAACCGAUUACCACACAACCAAUCCGCAAAUUGGAUCAUCAAUUAGAGGGAGUAAUCGAAAAACCGGACGUUUCUACCUUUUCCCAAUUGAUGAGUACCACUAUAGAACCACCAGAUCCGGACAAUUAUGCUCAAGUCGAAAACGUAGAAGAUAUGAAGAUGAUCGAGAGUAAUACCGAUCAAUAUUUAGUAUCUACCGAUUCGAGCGGAGAAGGAACUUUACUCCAGAGCAGUUUGGAAGAUAAUGCGACAUUGGUUUGUACAAAUGAUUGUUCCAAAGUCUUAGAAACGCCUUUAACCGCUAGUUCUUAUGUGAAAACUAUGCUGGCUGACGCUAUGGUCGAAAAGGGUGAAAUAAAUGAUAUGGAAACUCAUUGCACAGAAAUACCGCGAGAAAAUUCACCUAUAUCAUCAGAAAGUCGUUCCGAUCUAGUAAAAAUCGGCUCCGAUCAAGCCAGUGGACAUACAAGCGGAGAUGAAUUGGAAACCACAACAUCGAGCGACAUUGAGAUAAUAUCCAGUCCAAACGGUGAUUCAAGUUCGACUCAAUCGCGACAGAGUCCCGCAAAAUUGCAAUUGACUAAAGGCAGUGAUUUGCUAACGAAAACUUUAAAGACCAGAGGUCAUUCUCGAGAAUUAAGCGAGAUCAGCAUAGGAUCGGAUGAAGCGAAUAUGGAGAUCGAAAAGUUAUUGAAACGUGUGCAGGAGAUGACUGAGAUUUUGGAAGCGAGAGAAUCAAAGUUAAUUGACGUGAGCAGAAUGAACAUGGAACUACACGAGCGAAAUGCAAAUCUAAUGAAGCAACUCGAGAAUUGUGAGAAACAUGUGGAACAGAAUCAAAACAUAAAUCGAAUCACAGAUGAAUAUACGCAACGUUUAUCAGCAUUGGAGAGAAAAUUUCAGCAAGCUAUAAGAGAACGCGAUCAAUUGAGGAAAAAUUUAGAUCAAUUGAAGUUAGAAGCAGCGUCGCGUUUGUCGUCGCAGGAGAUGUCUAGUAUAAAUGCUGAAAAGGAUGAAAUCAUAAAAGAGCUUCGUGAAGAAGGCGAAAAACUUAGUAAACAACAACUUCAACAUAGCAACAUCAUAAAAAAAUUGCGGAUGAAAGAAAAAGAGACCGAUGCAACGAUAAAGAGUCAAAAAGAGCAAAUAGAGGAGCAGAAUACCGAAUUGGAAAGAUUAAAACGAUCGUUACACGCAAAAGAGGAAGUGGAGCGCAGUCAAAUAGAAGCCGUUCAUACACUGACAGCGAAAACGAAAAAGCAAGAGAAGGAGAUAUUAAUACUGCAAGAAAAAUUGGACAAUACAGUACAUAAGAUGGAAGCCUAUAAGAAAAGCUUGGAUGCUGCAAAACUAGAGUUGGCAGAAACAAAGGAAACAUUGCUAGCUAUGGAAGAGGAAUUGAAAAAAGCUGUGGAUAAUGCAGGAGAAUCAUGUCAAUUGUUUGCACAACUGGAAGAUUUAAAACUAAAGUACCGUCAAGCUGAGGAAGCUCAUGUCAAAAGAGAAGAGUUUCUUAAACAUGAAAACAAUGAGUUACUUAAACGAUUAGAAGCUGCAGAAGCUAGGAGUGAAGAGUUAUCUGAAUCUGUCUCGGUAGCAACAAAACCUCUGUUAAGGCAACUGGAACAACUUCAAGCAAACUUAUUACAUAAAUCUAAUAGCUUCAUGAAACAGGAGAAGAUUAUGUCGGAGAAAAAUAUUGAAUUACAAUCAAAAAUUGAAAAUUUAAUGGAAAUGGAUCGUCUUUUAAGAGAAGAGAAUAUCAAUUUGAAGUCCAAAGAAUCACAAUUAGAAUCAAAGCUCAAUUUAAAAGAGAAAGAAAAGGCAAAGUUGCAAGAAGCGUAUGAUAAAUUAAAAGAAGAAAUUGGAAGAUUGUCAGAGCAAAAUAAACAAUAUCAAGACAAAAUAAAAAUUCUCGAGCAGACUCAUUCCGAUUAUGUGCAAGAAUUAAAAAGAGAGAUAAAUGCAUUAGAAAAUAAAUUAGCUGUGGAAAAAGCAGCAACCGAGGCGGAACGAAGAAGAAAUAACGCUUUAUUGGAACAGCAGCAAAAUACUGAUGAGGAAUCACGAUAUAGUCCUACUCUCAGUAUAGGACAAGAAUCCAUCAGUAGCGCAAACAGUGCCUGGCCGGCUUUUAAUGAUUCAGUAUUUGAUAAUAGUUCUGGAAGAUUUCCUCCAAUGCCUUACGAAAGUAUCAGAGCAGGUUCAAGCAGUACGUCAAUCUUUGAAAAUUUACAAGCACAACUAAAACAGAGAGAUGGUGAAAUACAACAACUUCAAUGGGACUUGUCUCGACGAAACACAGAAAGGGAUGCAUUGAAUUCGGAAUUGGCAACAUUAACUUUAAAAAUCGAAGAUUUGAAUAUAAAAGUUGCGGAAAUGCAGGCACUUAAUGAAAACCUCAGAGAGACACAAACCAGAUAUGACGCAUUGUUGCAAAUGUAUGGCGAAAAGGUUGAAGAGAAUCAGGAAUUGCGAUUGGAUCUAGAGGACAUUAAGGAAAUGUACAAAACUCAAAUUGAUCAACUUUUAAAGAGGCAAAAUUAACGAAAAUUUCUUAAAAAAUGAAGAUUUUUUCACAAUUCACAUAUUUCUCUAUAAAACUUUAAUCACAUACAUGUACUUUAGUGCAUGUGUUCUACUACAUAUAAAACAGUUUUAUAGUGAAAGAUUUUUAAAAUACAUUCUUCGCAUAUACAUAUAUUUACAUUAUCUAGCAUGAAUUUGCAAACAAUUGUGAUAAAAAAUUUAGAUCCUGAAAUCCUAAAGUUUUAAAUAAGAUUUUUUUGCAAAAUUAUAUAUGAAUAUAUUUAUCAUGGAUUAGCCAAGAUAAAGUGAGCUAAAAUGGUCUAAAAAAAAUAUCAGAAACUAUAAUAUUAGCGUGAUUAUAGUAACUUUUCUGCUUCUUCAUAUAUAUAUUGUUAUUAUUAUUAUUCCUUGUAUAGUUAUUAUGUUUUAAAUUUUGAUUUUAAUUUAAUAUCAGGGAGGAGUGUGAUGAUGGAUUGUAUCAUAAUGUUCAAAUAUAAUACAAUGUGUGUAUAUAAUGCAA